GACGUGUCAUGUGGUAUCUUAUUCUUUGUCAAAUUUGAAACAGGGUGGAUCCCUCCUCAGGCGCUCACCUCUGGAUCCACGGCCCUUGCAGUCGCGGCGCGAGACGACGCCUCGCCGAUCCGACAUCCUCGGUCGUGUUGCUGAACUUUUGAUGGUUUGUCUCCUUGGUAGUGAUUGAACGAGCAUCAACUUGAAGCCAUGCCUGCUUCCACUUCUGCUGGAGUAGCUGCUGCAUCGCCAGUUGCUAACACUAGCGUCUCUCUUGGUUUAGAUGCAAAUGGGAAGCCAAAUUCACGGAGGAGAACAAUGGUAGCAGUGGAGAAGAGAUUAACUGCUGAUGGCCUUUCUAAAGGAGGAACCAAUGGAGUUUUGAAUGGUAAGGAUCUGAACCAUACAGUAAGAAGAGAAACUGUGGUUGAGAGAACAAAAGAUUAUUCAACAUUGAGGAAAGGGUUGGUUGCUUCACCUACAGUGUCUCCACAGCGCAAGAAACUUGUACGAAAACCAGAAAAAUCCAAGUGGCAGAUUGUACUGAGCAUUCUUACCAAGAAUUGUUUGCUUCUUGCUUCACUAUUAUGGUUGGGGCAGACAAUUUGGAGAUGGACUCAUAGCACUGGGGAGAAUGCUAACACUGCCUUAGCUGCUUUGGAGUAUGAAAGCAGAAUUUCUGAAGUGGAGACAUCUUUAAAGAAGACUGCUAAGAUGUUACAGAUCCAGUUAGACGUAGUUGACAAGAAAAUUGGGAGUGAAAUAAGCAUCACAACCAAAGAAAUUUUUAAGCAAGUCAAAAACAAAGGAGCAUUCUUUGAGGAACAACUCAAGAAGUUGGAAUCUAAAGCUGAUUCUUUGGGCAAAUCUUUGAGUGAAUUGAAUGAAUUGGAUCUCAUCUCAAGGGAAGACUUUGAGAAACUCAUACUUGAGUUAAAGAACAGUAAAAAUAUGGACGACACAAGUAUGAUAUUUGACUUGGAUCAAAUUAGGGCUUUUGCUAGUGAUAUUGUUCAAAAAGAGAUAGACAAGCAUGCUGCUGAUGGUCUUGGAAGAGUUGAUUAUGCUUUAGCUUCUGGUGGGACUAAGGUGGUCAGGCACUCAACACCUUACUGUCUUGGAAAAGGUUCCAAUUGGUUUACUAGUGCUACUGGUCGCAAUGGAGUUCAUGCUAAUUCACAUAAGAUGCUAUCUCCAAGCUUUGGAGAACCUGGCCAAUGUUUUUCUUUGCAAGGAAGCAGUGGAUUUGUUGAAAUUAGGCUACGAACAGGGAUUAUUCCCGAGGCUGUAACUUUGGAGCAUGUCUCAAAGAAUGUUGCCUACGACAGGUCAAGUGCUCCUAAAGAUUGCCGGGUAUCUGGGUGGUUUGAAUCACCUGACGAUGAUCUAUCCAGCAAUGCCAAGAAGAUUUCCAUCUUAACUGAGUUCUCCUAUGACCUAGAGAAGAGUAAUGCACAAACCUACAACAUCGAGACAACUGAUUGUGGCGUAGUUAACAUGGUUCGAUUUGACUUCACCUCCAAUCAUGGGAACUCAGCUCUAACUUGCAUUUAUCGGUUUAGGGUUCAUGGUUACGAACUCAGCUCACCAGCAACCAUGCACUAGUAAGCAUGUGCUAGCUCUUGCUUCGAGCUAAUCUUCUGUUGUACUUCUUUGUCUGUAACAAUGACUUCAGUCUUCAUCACUUGGGUCUUUCUAGAGGUUGUAGCGAUUAUAUUAAACGUUGAGUGACUCGUGAUUGUUCAAAUAGUUGUAACUGUAGUUCUUUGUCGAGUAUGCCAUUUUCAUUAAGCUUUUGGUGUUAUUAACAGACUAAAUUGUAACUGAGCAAAUUGGUAGAUUAUGAGGUUGUUAUGACAGAACAUAAA